AUGGCUGCGCCGCUUUACGUCACCCAGUCAGGUCGUCUGUACCAUGCGGGGUUGAUCCUUAUCGUCACUGUGGGACUGCCAGCCCGCGGCAAGACUCACAUCUCGCGCGCGCUGGAGCGCUACCUCCGCUGGAUGGGUGUCAAGACCCGCGUCUACUCGUUGGGCGACUACCGACGCAAGGUCCUUGGCGGCGCCAAGAACGUGCCAAAGGAUUACUACCAGAAUACAGGUGCAAUCUCGGACGAAACGAUAUCGCUACGUACAAAGAUUAAAAACGAACUCGAGGACCAGAUCUGGGACUUUUUCACCGUCCAAGGCGGCCAGGUCGUCAUCUACGAUGCCAACAAUGGAAACGUCGCUGCGCGCCGCGAGUGCAUGGAGACGUUUGGAAGCAAGGGCGUGCACGUCAUUUACCUCGAAUCCCUCUGCGACAAGGACGACAUUAUCACGGCCAACAUUCGCAGUGUCAAGCUCUCGUCCCCAGACUAUGCGGGCUGGGACGCGGACCGUGCUGUCGCCGACUACUGGAGGCGUAUCCGUGACCAGGCGGCCGUUUACGAGACGGUCACUGCGGACGAAGGCCCGUACAUCAAAGUGCUCAACGUCGGCGAGCGUAUCGACGUUAACCGCAUUGAGGGAUACCUCCAGACCCGUUGCUGCUUCUUCCUCAUGAACAUUCACACCAAGCCGCGCACCAUUUUCUUUGCCCGGUCUGGCCAGUCCCUCAUCGAGCACUCGUACAAGGCCGACUCGGACCUCUCGCCCGCAGGGUGGGAAUAUGCGGAACGCCUCAAGGCUGCCGUGGCGGCGCGCCGCAAGAAGCUCCGCGAGGAGCGCAAGGAGCGCGGCGAGGUGGUCAACGACCUGCCCCUGGCUGUGUGGACUUCGUCUAGGCGCCGUGCGCACCACACCGCAUGGCCGUUUGUGCACGCCGGGUACAAGGUGGUCCAGAAGCCGAUCAUGGGCGAGAUCAACCCGGGUGUGUGGGACGGACUUUCGUCCCAAGAGGCAAUGGAGCGCUACCCGGACGAGUGGGAGCGUUUCCUCGCCGACCCGUAUGCUCACCGCGCACCCCGUGCCGAGAGCUACCACGACCUCUCUGUCCGUCUCGAGCCGAUCAUCUUCGAGCUCGAGCGUGAACAAGGUGACCUGCUCAUCAUCGGCCACGCGUCGGUCAUCCGCUGUCUCCUGGCCUACCUCGUCGGUCUGCCACCGUCCGAAGUCCCCGCUGUCGAGAUUGCCCGCGGCGACCUCGUCGAAGUCACGCCGGCGUCGUACGGCGUCGUCUCCCGCGCCUUCCACUUCUGGUCGGGUGAGGGCCGCGGCGACUCGAGCGGUCGCAACCUGUACGAAAACUUUGCCGAGGCCACGUCGGGUGUUGUGGGCGGUAUCCUGCCCACGUUCUCGGGCGAGGCGACCAACAUGGAGCAAGAGGCCGCCGCCGAGGAGCUCAAGGACAAGGAAGCCAAGGCCGACCUGGUCCGCGCCAAGCUCAAGGCGCGCAUGGGCACCGCUGCAGACGGGUCCAUGUCCGCACCCCACGGCAAGGGACGCAAGGGAUCGGGCACCCCGAUCGAGGAGUAUGAGCCUAUCGGCUCUCUGACGCCGAAGCCGGAGCGUAAGAUGAGCAUUCUCGAAAUUUAG